CUUGGAAUGACUCUUGUUUCUUUUGGUGAAAUUGGUGUAUUUGCAUGAAAAUUUCUAAUGUGUAGUUGACAUAUUUAAAAUUUUUGAACGUGUGGUAGUCUGAAUCUUUACGUUUCUUCACAUUUGAAGAUUCCUUGUAAGCACCAAUCGUCGUGUGGUCUUAAAAGUCUUGCAAAAAUAAAAGUCAGCGGCGGCAAAAUGGAAGAAGACUUAUUAAAUGAUUCGUGUAGUCUGAAGACUUAUUAAAUGGAAGAAGACUUAGACGUUAGGAUAUAUAACAUCGUUUUGACAUGUUCUCUUGAUUCGUUUUUGAUAACCUGUUAAAUUAUCUGCCAUACUAAAAUUCAAUGAAGACCAUGUCAAUGUAAUGCAAGGAGAUCAUGUUUAAGUAUACCACUAUAAGAAGCGAACGAAUAUGCGAUGAGAGGAAAUUCAAAAGAGAAACACAUUUAGAGAGAAAGAAAGAGAAAGGUAUAAGAAGAUGAAGUUGCAGCCUGAGCACGGUGUGUCCUGGGUGGCUUAUUUCUUCUUGAUGGCUAUUUUCGUGCUCGCAUGUAUAGCAGCGAAUAAGUACUUACUCUGGAUCAUAAUUAUUCUUGCAAACACCAUCAGCAUUUUGAGCAUUGUGCGUAGCAUUAGCUAUAUAAAAAAAGUAAUGAAGCACCAGAAGGACACCAAGCUCCAACGAAUAUUCUUUGAGAAAAAUGGCGGCGACAUGUUGAUAGAGCGACUCUCGGGAGCAGGGUCAUCAAACAUUGAUGUCAAAAUCUUUACGGAGGAUGACAUGAAGGAAGCAACUAAUGGUUAUGAUGAGAGCAGAAUCUUGGGUCAUCAAGGAGGCCAAGGGACAGUCUACAAAGGGAUAUUGCCAGACAACUCCAUCGUUGCAGUAAAGAAAACUCGGCUAGGAGACAACAACCAAGUAGAGCAGUUCAUCAACGAAGUGCUAGAGCUUUCACAAAUUAACCACAAGAACGUUGUCAAGCUCUUGGGUUGCUGUCGAGAGACUGAAGUCCCCUUGUUGGUCUAUGAAUUCAUUACCAGUAGCACCCUUUUCGAUCAUUUGCACGGUUCCUGCAUGUUUGCUUCUUCUCUUACAUGGGAACACCGCCUGAAGAUAGCAAUAGAAGUCGCUGGAGCUAUAGCAUAUCUUCACUCCGCUGCUUCUAUUCCAAUCAUCCAUCGCGAUGUCAAAACUGAAAAUAUUCUCCUGGAUGAAAACUUAACUGCAAAAAUAGCUGACUUUGGCGGUUCAAAGUUGAUGCCAAUGGAUAAAGAGCAGUUCACAGCUAUGGUGCAAGAUACUCUCGGAUAUUUAGACCCAGAAUACUAUACCACAUGGCUUCUGAACGAAAAGAGCGAUGUUUAUAGCUUUGGGGUAGUCCUCAUGGAACUGAUAUCAGGUCAAAAGGCAUUGUGCUUUGAAAGGCCAGAGACUUCAAAACAUUUGGUGAGUUACUUUGUUUCGGCCACGAAAGAGAAUAGGUUGCAUGAGAUUAUUGACGACCAAGUGUUGAACGAGGACAAUCAGAGUGAAAUCCAAGACGCUGCAAGAAUUGCUGUUGAAUGUACAAGACUGAUGGGAGAGGAAAGGCCAAGCAUGAAAGAAGUAGUUGCAGAGCUAGAAACCUUGAGAGUCAAAACAACCAAACAUAAGUGGUCGGAUCAGUAUCCUGAGGAGAGUGGACACUUGCUUGGUAGUAACAUCGUGUUUGCACAAGGCCAUACCAGUAGCCGUGGUUAUGACAGCAUCAAGAAUGUAGCAACGUUUGACAUUGAAGCUGGUCGCUGAUAAAUUCACAUGUAUAUCUUUUGUUUGUGAUAAAGUAUUGUUUACUUCUUUAUUGCUUAUCUCCUCUUUGUCUUUCUAAACAUUUAAAAACCAUUAUUUAUCAAAACAUGACAUUCAACAACGUAACAUUGAGAUC